CCCGCCUCGGCCUUGCCUUCCCUCCCCCUCCAGCGCGAAACGAGAAGCACGCCUCCCCUAUUUAACCUACCGGUCGGCGCCCUCCCGCUCCCUCCCCCUCGACUCCCGCCGAAGCCGCCGGAGCCACGCAUUCCCCGCCCCCUCCUCCUUCCCAGCUUCGCUGCCAACCGGGACGCGCCCGACGUGACCAGCCACCGCCCCCGGCCUUCGCCCCGCGUUCCGCCCGUCCCCCGACACCGGGGGGGGGGGGGGGGUGGUGGCCCACGCGACGCCGCAUCGACGACGCGCGCGUGGCCGAGCGGUAACGGCGAGCGCGUCAUGGCGCGCCGCGGCGGCCUCGUCCGCCUGCUCGUCACGCUGAUCCUCCUGCUGCUGGCGAUGCUCCUCGCCGCGGCCUCCGCCGUGGCCGAGGCUGCGACGGCGACGGCGGAGGUCGAGGUGGAGCUGGCGCCGGCCACGCCGGCGCAGAACGCGUCCGAGGAGGCGGAGCAGCCGCAGCACCUCCUGCCGCGCCCCCUCAUCAUCGAGCCCCCGUCCUCGGCAGCCGGCGCGGAGGAGAUGCUGGGCGAGGUGCCGGCGGAUGCCGUCGCGGCGUCGCUGGAGGUCCUGGUGCCGGCCGCGCCAGCGCAGGACGCGUCCGAGGAGGUGGCGGCGGACGCGCAGCAGCACCUGCCGCGCCCGCUCGUCAUCGACCUCCCGUCGUCCUCGGCGGCGGGGCCGCGGGACGGGGACGACGUGCCGGUGGACGUGCGCUGCGCCAGCUGGCGCCUCGCGGCGGAGGCCAACAACCUCGCGCCGUGGAAGGCCGUGCAGGCGGAGUGCGCGGCGCACGUGCAGGACUACGUCACGGGCGUCGCCUACCGCUCCGACCUCGAGCUCGUCGCGCGGGAGUCCGCCGCCUACGCGCGUGCCGCGCCGCUCCGGGGCGACGGCCGCGACGCCUGGGUGUUCGACGUCGAUGAGACGCUGCUCUCCAACCUCCCCUACUACGCCGACCACGGGUACGGGCUUGAAUUGUUCGACCACCAGAAGUUCGACAGGUGGGUGGAGAGGGGCGAGGCGCGUGCGAUCCCCUCCAGCUUGAAGCUGUACAAUGAGGUUCGUGAACUUGGGUUCAAGACCUUCUUGCUCACGGGCAGAAGCGAGGGGCACCAGGGCGUCACCAUGGAGAACCUCAAGAAACAGGGGUUCCACGAUUGGGACAAGCUCAUACUCAGGGCGGCAUGUGACCGCGAGAAAACUGCAACAGUCUACAAGUCAGAAAAGAGGAAAGAAAUGGAAGAAGAGGGGUACAGGAUUCUAGGCAACUCUGGUGACCAAUGGAGCGAUUUGCUGGGAUCGCCCAUGAGUGUUCGCUCCUUCAAGCUCCCCAAUCCAAUGUAUUAUAUCUUAUGACAAAUACUGAAAAAAGGGCGGGUGAAAGAUGCAGUGUUUUAUUUGAUGCAUUUUGCACCAGACCCAAUUGAGAAACUGAGAAUAAUCUGGCAAUGGAAUUUCAAUUGUACAAAAGCUUCACUAGCUCAAUGUAGUAUACUGCAUACAUUACCUGUAAGUUCGAAUGUAAUGGUUGAAAUGCG